AUGCCAACUCGAAAACAUUUAUCUAGUCGACAUCGACAUAGACAUAAUGGAAAAUCAUCAAAAAAACAUUCGAAAGAAAGCAGUGAAACUCGUCGCACAUCACGAUCAAGAUCUCCAGUUCGAUAUCGUUCAUCGACAGCUGAUAAAGAACGUAAAUCAAUUCAAACUUCUACUAAUCAAACAACAUCAAUAAUAACGACUACAAAUGAACCUCUUAAUAAAGAAACUGAACAGAAACGUUUGGAAGAAGAAAUUCAGAAACGUAAAAUUCGUGUUGAACAAUGGCGUGCUGAACGUCGAAUAAUGCUUGGUAUUGAUAAAGUCAGACGACAAUCAGCUGCACAAGCUACAAAAAGUAAAUUUUGGUCACUAGAAAAUGAAUGUGAUGACGACGAUGAAGAAGAUUUACAAAACGUUUGUAUACCAUCAGUCAGUCUUAAACGUGAUGUUGCUGCAGUACGUAAAACAUAUAAACAACAAGAAGCAAUAGAACGUGCUACACAAGCAGCUGCAUGUACAACUGUUGAAAAAAUCGAUGAUGACGAAGACGAUCCUUUAGAUAGAUUUAUGGAAAGUAUUACAAAAGAAGUUAAAGAUUUCCGUGAAAAUAAUAACAAAGGAUCAAUUAUUCAAAUUGUUAAAAAAACAAUUAAAAAUGAAUCAGUUGAAUCAAGUGGUAUAGUACUAACAGCCAAUGAUCAUGACGAUGGUUUAUCAAUAGUUAAAACUGAACCUAUGGAUACUAAUGAUCAAACAUCCUUAGCUCCAUCACUUGUUACAAUUCGUAGUGGUGUAGCUAAAUCUGCUAAAGAAAAAGGUCUAAUUAUGGAACAAGACAUGGAUGGUUUAGAAUAUUCAUCAGAAGAAGAAAUUACUGAGUCAAAUGAAGAUCUUGAUAGUAUAUCUGGAAUGAACAGUAAAAAAUCAAAAUUAGAUAUGAUGAUAACAAAUCAUGAUAAAAUAUAUUAUCGACCAUUUCGUAAAGAAUUUUAUACAGCUAUAUCCGAGAUAGCUAAUAUGACAGAAGCUGAAGUUGCUGCUUACCGAAAAGAACUCGAUGAUAUCAAUGUAGUUGGUAAACGAUGUCCAAGACCAAUAAAAACUUGGUCACAAUGUAUAACAUCUACUAAAAUUUUACAAGUUUUAAAAAAACUUAAUUACGAAAAUCCAACACCUAUUCAAGCUCAAGCAUUACCAAUUAUUCUUUCUGGUAGAAAUAUGAUUGGUAUUUCUAAAACAGGCAGUGGAAAAACAUUAGCAUUUCUUUUACCAAUGUUUCGUCAUAUAAUAGAUCAGCCAUCAUUAAAUGAUGGUGAUGGUCCAAUUGCUAUUAUUAUGACACCGACUCGUGAAUUAGCAUUACAAACAACAAGAGAAUGUAAAAAAUUUGCUAAAUUAUUUGAUAUUCGUUGUAUUGCUGUUUAUGGUGGUACAAGUAUAUCAGAACAAAUUGCACAACUUAAACGUGGUGCAGAAAUUAUUGUAUGUACACCUGGACGUUUGGUUGAUAUGUUAACUGCUAAUAAUGGGAGAGUAACAAAUGUUCGACGAGUUACUUAUAUUAUUGUCGAUGAAGCUGAUCGAAUGUUUGAUAUGGGUUUUGAACCACAGGUGACAAAAAUUCUCCAUAGUAUUCGUCAUGAUCGUCAAAUCGUUAUGUUUUCAGCAACAUUUCCUAAAAAGAUGGAAGCAUUAAUGCGUAAAAAUCUUUAUAAACCUAUCGAAGUUACUGUUGGUGGACGAAGUAUAGUUUGUAAAGAUAUUAUACAAAAUAUCGUUAUUUUUGAUGAUGAUGAUGAACAAAAAUAUUUAAAAUUACUCGAAUUACUUGGUAUAUAUCAACCACAAGGUUCAAUUCUUGUUUUUGUUGAUACACAAGAACAUUGCGAUGAAUUAAUGAACAAAUUAAUGAGUAAUCUUUAUCCAUGUAUGUCAUUACAUGGUGGUAUUGAUCAAUAUGAUCGUGAUUCAAUAAUAACAGAUUUUAAAAAUGGUGAUAUACCAUUAUUAAUUGCAACAUCAGUUGCUGCACGAGGUUUAGAUGUUAAAAAUUUAACUCUUGUUAUUAAUUAUGAUUGUCCAAAUCAUUAUGAAGAUUAUGUACAUCGUUGUGGACGUACAGGUCGAGCAGGGCAUAUAGGUUAUGCUUAUACAUUUAUUACACCAACACAAGAACGUUAUGCGGGUAAUAUAAUAGAAGCUUUGAAAACAUCUAAUGCACCUAUACCAGAAGAAUUAACUUUAUUAUGGGAUAAUUAUGUUAAAAAAGUGAAAGCCAUGGGUAUAGAAGUAAAAGUUGGUAGUGGUGGUUUUAGUGGACAUGGUAGUUAUGAAUUUAAUUCAUCAGAAAUACAAUUAAAGAAAAAACAAAAAAGUAUACAAGCUGUUGCUAUGGGUUUAGCAGAUUUUGAUGAAGAGGAAGAAAGUCAAGUUAUUGAUCAACAAAUUCAAUCAUUAUUUAAUAAGAGUAAAAUAAAUAUUAAAACUAACGAUAAGACAUUAGUUAAUCAAAAUGAAGAAACUAAUGGUUCAACAACUGUUAAUGAUAUAGCAUCGAAAUUAAAAUUAGCUACGCAAGUAGCAGCUAGACUUACAUUCACCAAAUCUGAAACUCGAGAUGCCAUACAAGAAGCAACAACUUCAUUAUUUCAACAUGGUGGUAUAUUAAAUACAGGUGUAUCCAAUCGUAUUGUAGCACAACAACGAGCGAAUGAACUAAAUCGAAAAUUACAUUAUGAAAAACCCGAAGAAGAAAUACAAGUAACUCUAAAUGUAUCCAAAAUAUUUCAAGAAGAGUUAGAAAUAAAUGAUUUUCCACAAAAUGUUCGAUCGAAAAUUUUAAGCAAAGAAACACGAGCACAUAUAUGUGAGUAUGCUGAUGUUGAUAUAUCUGUACAUGGUCAAUAUUUUUCAAAUAAUAAAGAAGUUACACAAGAUGAUAGAAAACUUUAUUUACAUAUUGAAUCAUCAACUGCAUAUAGUCUUCAAUUAGCUAAAGAGGAAAUUACUCGAUUAAUUAAAGAAGAAAUGAUGAAAAUGCAAAAUCCAGCUCUACAACUUGUCAAUCGUGGUCGUUAUAAAGUUUAA